AGCAAGAUAGUCCUGGUUUGCGUGUGCUCAGUCCUCUUUAGAGGAGACUGACCCUUCUUAGAGGGGACCUCCCGGUGUUUCUUUUAUUCCCUGAUUCUCUAGCUUCUCUCAACUGUAAUGGAUGGGACUUGGGGUUGGCAUGUCAUCCAAAUCUGUAUCUUACAGCAGAUCUGUAAGCUGGCUGUGAACAUCUGAGGUGAUCUGUCACCCAAAACUGCUUAAACGGGGGAUGAGCCAAGAAUAUAUUCUCUCUCUGGAAUUUGAGGUCUGAUGACAAUUAGAAGCAUGCUUUCACUGAACUGCCCAGCCCCAUUUGUCACGCAGAAUGUCUCUGAUUGAGAGCUCGGUGUUUGCCUAUGAGUCUGCGGUGCACAGCAGCAACGUGCUGCUCAGCCUCGAUGACCAGCGGAAGAAGGAUGUGCUGUGUGACGUCACCGUGCUCGUGGAGGGCCAGCCGUUCCGCGCGCACCGGUCCGUGCUGGCAGCAUGCAGCAGCUACUUCCACUCGAGACUCGUGGACCAGGCCGAUGCAGAGCUGAGCAUUACUCUACCAGAAGAGGUGACAGUUAAAGGAUUUGAACCUUUAAUUCAGUUUGCCUACACUGCUAAACUCUUUUUAAGUAAGGACAGUGUGGAUGAAGUGUGCAAGUGUGUGGAGUUUUUAGGUGUACACGAUAUUGAGGAAUCCUGCUUUCAGUUUCUCAAAUUUAAGUUUUUGAACUCCACUGAAGAUCAGCAAGAAUGCCCAAGAAAAAAAUGCUUCCCACCACACUGUCAGAAAACAGACCUUAAAUUUCCCCUUUUGGACCGGAGGGAUUUAGAAAUUGAUGAAGUGGAGGAAUUUUUGGAAAAUAAAAACGUUCAGACUCCUCAGUGUAAACUCCGCAUGUAUCAAGGAAAUGCAAAAUCACCACCUCCUCUACAGGACAGUGCCAGUCAAACAUGUGAGUCCAUGUGCUUAGAAAAGGAUGCUGCUCUGGCUCUGCCAUCUUUAUGCCCCAAAUACAGAAAAUUCCAGAAGGCAUUUGGAACUGACAGAGUCCGUACUGUGGAAUCCGGUGUCAAAGACAGUCACUCUUCUGUUCAGUCGGGUGAGACAUCUGAACAUGAAUGUCUGGGAGUAAUCCAGGACUGUGCAGAUGUGCAGCUGAUUUUAAAAUGUGAAGAAAGGAAGUUAGUGGAACAAGAAGCCAAGAAAGACCCUGCUUCUCAGUGCCCAUCUGGAAAAACAGAAGUGACCCCUUUUGCCCACAGUUCUCCUGCAGACCCUCAGGGACUCUACUCCCUGUCCCUUCUGCACACGUAUGACCAGUAUGGUGACUUGAAUUUUGCGGGUAUGCAAAACACAGCAGUGUUAACAGAAAAGCCUUUGUCAGGUCCAGAUGCUGGAGAAGAGAAAACAUUUGUUACAAAUCAGGAUUUACAUUUGAAAUCCGACUCUGGCCCCAGGGAGGAUAGUAGCCUUGCCUCGAGCGAUCGGAGCAGUGUGGAACGAGAAGUGGCCGAACACCUUGCGAAAGGCUUCUGGAGUGACAUUUGCAGCACCGACUCUCCUUGCCAAAUGCAGUUAUCACCUGCCAUGGCCAAAGAUGGUUCGGAACAGAUCUACUCCCCGAAACGGUCUGAGUGUCCCUGGUUAGGGAUCAGGAUUAGUGAGAGCCCAGAGCCGGGCCAGAGGACUUUUGCAACAUUGAGCUCUGUCAACUGCCCUUUUAUAAGUACUCUGAGUACUGAAGGCGGUUCAAGCAAUUUUGAAAUUGGGAAUGAUGAUUAUGUUUCAGAACCCCAGCAGGAACCGUGUCCAUACGCUUGUGUUAUUAGCUUGGGCGACGACUCUGAGACGGAUACUGAAGGCGACAGUGAGCCGUGUUCAGCCAGAGAACAAGAAUGUGAGGUAAAACUGCCAUUUAAUGCACAACGAAUUAUUUCGCUCUCUCGAAAUGAUUUUCAAUCUUUGUUGAAAAUGCACAAGCUGACUCCAGAACAACUGGAUUGUAUCCAUGAUAUUCGCAGAAGAAGUAAAAACAGAAUUGCUGCACAGCGCUGUCGCAAGAGAAAACUAGACUGUAUACAGAAUCUUGAAUCAGAAAUCGAGAAGCUGCAAAAUGAAAAGGAAAGCUUGUUGAAGGAAAGAGACCACAUUUUGUCAACGCUGGGCGAGACAAAGCAGAACCUCACCGGGCUCUGUCAGCAAGUCUGUAAAGAAGCAGCUCUAAGUCAAGAGCAAAUACAGAUACUCGCCAAGUACUCAGCAUCAGAUUGCCCACUUUCAUUUUUAAUUUCUGAAAAAGAAAAAAGGACUUCUGAUGGUGCGUCCAUGUUACCAUCGAUUCUGAGUUUACCUGCGGGCCCUCUGGCUGUGCGGCCUGUGGGUGAGCAAAGCCCUUGCUAUCCCAGUGUGAAGGGCAGUGAGUCUGGCUGUGUGCGGGGCCAGGGGUCAAGGCCAACCUCCAUCGCAGCCUCUGAACCAGCCGGGCUUGUGGAACAGUGUCGGCAGAGCACAGGCAUCUCAGAUUUCUGUCAGCAGAUGACAGAUAAAUGUACUACUGAUGAGUAAACUCGCAUUCACUUCCUGGAAACCAUCUAAUGUUCUACUGAAGUUUGGACACCUGUCUUGAAAGCCUAACAUACCAUCUGUCUCUUAACAAUAUUGUUUUUCUCCCCUGAGUAGUUUGCUGCUGAGGGAAUUCCUCUGAAGUGAACCCUGACUUUUCUUCCUGACUCCACAAGAAAUGCAGAAAUGAUUCGCCUCCUGGAUACCAGAAAAACCCCACAUGAAAAUGUAGUAAAGCUUUAAAACUCAUGUUUUAAAGAAUAGCUGUUAGUAAUAACUCUUCCCCUUAUGCAAAGUAAGUAUGAGAGUGAAAACUGCAGCCUAUCAAACAACAGCUGAACAGCUUUGAAGCUGUUCUGCAGAUCGUUCCUACUAAAGAAGUAGCCUGCAAAAGUUUAACAGCCUGACCUUUUGCAAUACACUGGGUUAAAAGAGAAUUUCUCCCUGUGGAACGCUGCUAGAGUUCAGGUCUGCUCAGAAGCAGGGCGUCAGCUACUGGGAACACUUGUGUAGAGCCGCGGUGUGGAAAAGAAAGGUGUCGUCUCGCCUGCCUCCUGGAGCUCCACGCUCCAGCUCUUACUAAAACCAGGACGGUUGGCCUGCACUGUGACUCCUAAGCUACGCUGGGAACAUUUCGGAAGCGGCAGGCAGCUGGCCUGAGGUAGAGGUUUUUAUUCCUUCUCAAUGUCAACUUGAGAAAUUCUGGCUGAAUACAAAACAGAUAAGUGUCAUUUUCCCUCUUUUUUUCUCUUCAGUCUCUGCCACACCUGAGUCCACCCUGCUCUUUCCGUCUCCUGACAGUCUUGUCCCUUUAGAAGAAGCACUAGGACUCAGGAUACAGUGGCCUGCGCGAGCGCAUUGGCGGGGUCGUCCCAGCCUCCAUAGAAGCCUGGCGCUUACCGAAACACGAGGCCGUUUGUCCUCCCACCACAGCUCGCCCGUGCAAGGAAACCAGUCGUCAUGGGGAGAGAAAAUUGCCUGCAUUUAGUAGGAGUGGCAGUUAUUUCUCAUCCUGUUUUUGAAAUCCUAUGGUUUACUUGUAAAAAGCAUUAUCAUAGAUAAAAAUAUAUCUGCAACAACCGUGCAGGUUUGUGAAAUAGGAUGAAACGUGAUCUUGUUUCAUGGUGGGUUUGAAUUUGGAAACCAGAUUUAAUCUUGUUCUCUUCCCCAAAUCUGGUGUAUGAGGGCACACAAAUCAUUUUGACUUGAGCAUUUAAAAAAUGAGUCUUUGUGUUUAUUCAAUUCUGUUUUAAAAUACAGUUUCUAUAAGCUGAGCACUUAUCCCAUAACAUUUUGCAGUAGUUCUUAGCCAGUCUGGUGUUACAGACUUGUUUGAGAGCUAUUGAGCUUCUCAACAGUUACAAAAAAUUGCAUAUAUUCGCAUUCACAGGGACAUUUGCAGAACCCAGUUUUAAUAGUUUCAAAGGAGUAGUUUGUGGUGUUUGGAUUAGAAAAUACUUCAGUUCACCAAGAUCAGACUCCUGAGAAAGAAACUUUUAUAGAGCGCAUCCUGAAUCUAGCAACGGGCCUGUGUAGCUAAUAUGGAAGACGACUCGCCCUCGUUUAGGAACGUGUCUGAAGCAAGUAGACCUUUGCUGUGAGAGUAUAGGGGACCACACUUAAUACUUCAAAGUAAUUCGUCAAGUGUUAGUUACCUUUUUUGAUAGGGGGCAGGUUGGAGGAGAUAGUCCUAGUAUAUUUUCAGUGGUUUUUAUUUAUCUCUGUUACUGACUUAGUUGUUAUAAGAGAAAACUAGUUGGGCUUGUUUAUUUUCUAAAGGCUCUUAUGAAUAUACUCAGUGAUUUGUCAGGGAGAAUGAUAUUCUAUGAUAAUGCAUCCCAUACUAUAACACACCCACACACCCCCAUACCCAUGUAGCUAUUUCUUUGAUACUUGUAAUUUUAAAUUUUAACUUCAAAAUAUAAAAUAAUAUAAAAACUUCCCUGGUUUACACAAUGUAAAAUCUUACACAAGCCAAUGGAAUCCUUAUUCUCCUACCUCAGUCUACACUCAACUGUUUGACACCAGUUUGUGUGCAAAUGUCACAUGAUCUUUGCUUUAAUUGCUACUGUACAUAACUACUUUGAAAGCUUACUUCCUAUUUUAUGGUAAAACCUAGUUGUCUCCAGAGUUUAAUUAUGAUUUUUAAGACAUUUCUCUCUACAUAUGAACAAUUCAGCAUUAAGGGUUUAUUUUAAUGGUAUUCUCUGGUUAUGGCCAAGUGUAAUAUUUUGUAAAAUAAUAGCCAGCGUAUAAUAGAAGUAACUACACUACCUCAUACCUCCAUGAUUUUCAAGUUGUAAUACAGAGGAACAGAAAGAUAAUGUCUUGGCGAUAAGGUGGGAAAUUUUUCUAUAUGUUGCAUAGCAUUACACAUUUAUGCCUAUUUUAAAGUUAACUUCUAAAGUUUUUUCCUAAGAAAAUUUGUUUUAAGUUGAUUUUUUUUUGAAGGGUGCUGGAGACAAAUGACAGGAUUAUGUGUAUACAGUGUAUAUCUUUUCCUUCAUGCAGAAUUUUCGAAAGGUUGUUUUCAGUUUGUAUAUUGCAUAUUUACAUGAUCAUAGUUCCUUAUUUUAUGAAUUGGCCUUUUCAGUGCUUGAUGAUUUUUAAAAAGCUUUUAGGUCUAACUCAGUAAAAUAACAUUACCUUAAAUUUUUUUUUCCCAUUAUUUGAGUUCUACACCUAUAGCAAAUAAUUUGUUAUUAAAUUGUUAUGUUCAGAGCAAAUAUGGAUAUAAAUCUUGGUUCCAUUUGUAAAUUUUAUAACGUAAUUCACUGUAGCUUAAUGCUUAACCAGUUUUAAAUAAGGAAUUAAAUAUAAUAUAUCGGAUGCAGUAGACGAUACAGGUUGCAUGUGGACAUUCAGCCACGUUAACAACUUGGAAAAAAAUCAAACCAAUGGCAAUGUUAUAAUGAUUUCUCAGGUGAAAUUUUUUCAGUUAUAAAACAUCUAUUUUGAAUAUGUAAAUAUUUUAAGUGUUUUAUUAAGGCAUGUAAUAAACUGUUCUUUGAAACCUGUUGGGUAAAUGAAAAUUUAAAGCCAUAAUGGCAUACUAAUUGUAAAUAAACACCUAUUGAUUUUUUUGUAUCUUUCUUAAUAUAAUUUCCUAACAAUGCAAUAAAACCACUAAAUUUAUAUAUCCAUAUCCUAUUAAGAUCAUGUUUCAUUAAAAGUAAACUUUCAUCGUAUUUAAUUUACAUUUUCUUCUUAAUGUGCUUAUCCAAAUGUAGCAAAACUGUAAGUGUUAGAUGUUGAUGAGAAAUUAACAGUUAAAUAAAAUUCCCUAAAAUUGCUUCUAAUUGAA